AUGUCGCUUAAUAAAAACUUGUAUCGGUACUACGCUCAUCAUAUACUUGCUCAUUUUCGAAUAAGUCCGUCGCCUUCUUCUCCAGCUGAAGUCCAACACUUGUUUGAUAAUUUCAAGAAGAUUGGCAAUUUAGAAUACUUCAGAGUGCCCAGAGUAGGAACAGCAGGUAGAUUUUCAUCACAUUGCUUUGUUCUUUUCAAUCCAGUACUUGAAAGGAGUCUUGUCACUCCCUUUACGAUACCAGAUCAGGAAGUAUUGGUGCCGAAAUCUAAUUCAUUUACCCAAAGGUUGCAAUCAUUGAUCGCUAUACCGAGAUACUCCUACAUAGAAAACGACCAAAGCUACCUUGCCAACAAAUCGUACAUUCCAUUUAAAUAUUCGAUGAGCAAAGCUGGCCUAGACUUGGAUAAGAAGUAUGAUAUAUCAAAUUCCAAAUAUAUAGAUCAAUUUUGCUACGUACUGCCUAAUCCAUCUGCUACUGAACAGCUCUUGAGAGAAGCUGAGCUACUGAAAUUCCGUAGAGAAGUCCGUCAUAACUUUCAGAAAUUUCAUAAGUUUUCAUCGAUAGAGAUCACUUCAGGGAUCGAGGCUGUUAACUCACUAGGAACUGGUAUAAUAUCUGAAGAGCUGGAUCCUAAAACAGAGUUGAAAGUAGAAGACAUGAUGAACUUGUCUUCAGACAAGUGA